AUGGCUUCUCGUGGGUCAAAAUCACGGAUACCCCGUACUACUCUUGCAGAAUUAUAUGGCCAUUUGAGAGUCCUACCCAUAAGAGGUGUCUUGCCAUUAAAGAGUGGUCUCACGCCUGUCUCAUCAAAACCCAAUGCAACCAGUACCGAAAAAUUGUUUGUCGAUGAUGUGCGUUGGAUGCAGAGACAAAGCUCUCAAAACUUUACCGCUGCGGAAUUGGAGAGCCUAGAUGCCCUAGCGCCGCUUUAUAAAGUUUACGAAGUGGAAGAUGUGGUGUCCGAUAGUGUCGAUAUUGCUAUUCAUCCGGUGAUGCGCAGAGUAAAGUGGAAUCCUCCGCGGCCAAAACAUUUGGCGGAAUUUCCUAUGGGAGAAGAGAGGGAUGGGUAUUGGAAUGCUUAUACAAACGAUGUUGUUUGGGAAGCCUUGCUUCCUUCUAUCCGAAUAGCAAGCUUGUAUCUCUCGAAUGCGGAUUUGUGGCCAUGGUUCGAUGCAUUAUUUGCCGCGGAAUGGGCUGACAUCCCCGAGAAAGAGGUUCCCAAAAACUCCAUACAAACAGGCUGGAAACGAUUCGUAGCCAGAAAUCCCAUGGUACAUGGAAGUGAAGAAAGCAGAAGAAACGUCCGAGACAAAAUCCUCCACUCCUCCAAAAACAUAUUUUUCUGUCUCUCCAGCGCCUAUGUCGAUCGAGCAACGGGUGUCCAAGAAAUGGAAGUGGAGCAUGGUUCUUUGAGUGCAGUCACGGUUACAAAUUUGGCACAUGAUAUUUCGGUCGUGACGUUGUGCUUGGAACCUUUGGAAGCCCUGCUUCCGGGAAAUGUCGAAAGAUUGAAUGGUGCAGAGAGAUGUUUGGUUCAGGUAGAUAUUGCUACUACUAUUUUACAUGAGCUUGCUCAUGCGCUUUAUCAAAGGGAAUAUAUAGUUGCCUUUCCGGAUUAUGGGCCUAAGGAGCUAUUUUAUCAGCAACAAAUAAUUUCGGAACUUGGAUUUUCCAUAUUUGGAGGAGCGGUAUCGGGCAUUCGUACUGGGCAGUUAGAAGGUGCUCUAGCGUGUCUGCUCAACAUGGGAAGCAAGCGCAGAUUCGAGGGUUUUGUUAAGAAGUAUGGAGCUCAUACCGUUGAGUACACAAAAGUUGUUGGCACGGAAUAUCUGGUAAAUAGAAGGGGUAUCUGUGCUCCUCUAGCCAGAGAUCCAUUCGUCGAAUUCGAGGGGAUACCAAACAUGAGACGGCGAACCAGGUCCGGUAUGGAUAGAUUGGAAGACUCGGAACGCUAUUUCAAACGUCGGCGAGUACAAGCCGUUGUGCGAAAGGCUUAUACGCUUCGAGCGUCACGGCGCAACCGGGAAGAAAUAUCUCAAACUAAUAGCCUUUAUCAAAGUAUCGAUAUCAGAGAUAAUGAUCUACCACCGUGUCCUCGAUUCGACGAAACUAGCACGUAUUUAAUUGAUAAUCGCCGUCAGUUGGCCCUUCACACAAUGUGUUUCGUGAUGCCCGAGAAUACCUUGCGUGAUUAUAUUCUACGACUAGGAGGACUAGCAAUCAGUGCUUAUGAAUGGCGUGCGUACCUACUUCACUGCGAAGCAUUACCGUAUCUUUUCAGGUUCAAGCCAGAAGGCAAUAAAUGGGGCGAAACCUCGACAUAUCGUGGUUCCAUCCAACUUCAUGCCUCAAGCUGGCCAAAGACUGAUCUCACACCAUUAAAACCACGACGCGAAAUUCCACAAAUUGACGACACAGUACCAUUUCUGAUGGCUCUCACUGCUAUCAGAAUGAAACGUAAUUCAUUAUCUUCAUCGGAUGAAAUGUGGAUCAGUCCCAUAUUCUGGGACUUCAGCGCCGAGGAAUUCCUGGCUGCUUAUAAUGCUGAUAUUAAGCAGGGAGGUACUGUAACGAGUAACUUCAAUGUGACGAAAAUGUCCGAAGAAGAACUUGAAGAUAUCUUGUGGCAUCUGGCUUCUACUUCAUCUUUGCUUACUUGGGCUCCAUGUGGUAUCAUUAGACGUUUACCACUGACGGAUCCGGAAUCCCAGGAAUUACUUAGGGGGACGUCAACUUUUGAUGAUAUUGUUUUUCCGAAAGGUCGAGGAUUGGUUGAUUGGGAUGGAGAUUAUGAAUCUUUAUAUGAGUGGGACAACACAGAAAUGGAAACCGACCAAGAAAUUCUAAACCAAGACCGCGGUAUCACAUUUGCAGAUGGCUGUGUCUACAGCUACAGACAGUAUUAUCACAACGAGGAACUCAAGGAAGCGCGUGCGAGAGAGGCGGCCGAAGGUCAUCAUUCGUUGGAUUAUAUUGCGCUUAUGGAUGAUUACCUUAAGAAUCACCCUGGUGCAGGUGUUCAGGAAACUUUUGAUCGGGCUUUUUGGCCUUCUUGGAGCGUAGGAAAUCCAGACGGAUCGACAGAAGAAGCAUUUGUGGAAUUUAAAGAGGGGCUUUGGCACGAGGAGAUCGAUGUGAAUGAAGUGGUUGAGCCGUUGGAUCUCGCGUCGUUGGCGGGGGGGGGGGGAUGGUUGUUCUGGUCAAUGAUGAGUUAUGCUGUAGGGAAGGGGGAAGGGGGAAGGGGGGUGAGAGGGGGGUGUGAGUGGUGA